AUGGCUGUCUUAGGCAAGCGUAAAGCAGAGCCUGAGCCUGUAAUAUCCGAAGAAGAUGCCGCAGCCAUUUUCAGACGACAUUUCGAGGCGCAAUUUGCACCCUUGCCAGAGGCAGAAGCCGCUAAAUCGAAAUUUGAAAAGACGAAACAUGAGAAAAAUAGCAACGACAUCGAGAGCGAGGAAGAGGAAGAGGACACCGACAGUAGCAGAGAUGACGACGAAUGGGGUGGCCUCUCCAACGAUGACUCUAUUCAAGAGGAAGAAGAAAAUCCAACAAUAGAGGUCGUAGACCACUCGAGCAAGCAACCACCGAAACCAGCGGCAAUGUCAAAACGAGAGCUUAAAGCUUUCAUGUCAUCACGACCUCCAGAGCAAAUAACAUCCAAAACCGAGCAGCCUCUAUCAGCAACUUCAUCCCCAUCAGCCACCCUCCCUGAAGACGCACCCUCCCUUCUCGCUCAAGACCUUGAACUCCGACGACUCCUUGCAGAAUCGCAUCUUCUCGCGCCGACUAUUUCAGCAUCGGGUACUACCAUUGCGCCAAAGGCUUUUGCUACGGGACGUACUCGUCAGAAGGCAACAGACUUGCGCGUCCAGGCUCUAGGAUCCAAAGUAUCGAUUCACAAGCAAGAAAAGAUGCCCAUGAACAUGCGCAAGGGUAUUGUUGCUGCGGCAGACGCUCGCGAAGCAAAGCGAAGGAGAGAAGCUAAGGAGAAUGGAGUAAUCCUUGAACGAGAGACUGGCAAGAAGAAGGGUCGGAGAGAUAGGGGAAGAGACUUUGCUGUCGACCGACCCGGAGUUGGUAGACUCAAGGGGGCAGAAUUACGCUUGAGCGACAAGGACAUCAAGAGCAUAGAGGGUGGACGAGAUGCGUUUGGUAGGAGGAGCCGGCGUUGA